CGCAGCAGCCAUACGGUCUCGCGGGGCUCUCGGACUCGACGCCAGUCGGGGGGUUUCUCAAGCAGUUGGAAAAGGCGCGCACCAGUGAGUGAUCGGUGGUGUUGGGGAGAAGCGAGAGACUCUCCUCGGUCCGCGUUCUCCGCUCGCUCGGUGCUUCGCUCGAUUUCGCAGUUUCUUUGGCCCACGGAAAUUCCGCGGAGACAAAUUCGAGUCUUUUGCGCGAGGCGGAAUAAAGCGGGAAAAAAUUCUCGAUCGGGUAACUCCGCGGUGGCAAUUUGGCCACAUAAAUUGUUCGAUCUCCGAUAAAACGGGGGAAUAAGAGCGGAAGAAUCUGCCGCGCGAUAAAACCCGAACGCGAAAUGAAACUCGAAGCCCGUUGGCGCGUGAGCGUCAAAGAUAAACGGCGAGUGAGCGCGCGCCUCCGAUUGUGAGGGGAAAAAUGAACAAACGCGGUAAAUAAUAACGCGCGGCGAGAGUGCGACGAGGAUUGAUAAUUUCUCACGAUCGAGCAGGCUCCCCCGUCCCGGAGUUGACCGGAGUUUGCGCUUGCUAUCGCUCCCGCGCGAGCGGAUCACGCGUCCCGAUUCAAUCGAGCUUGAAUCCUCCCGAUCGCUCAGAACCCGAAGGAUGCAAAAGUGUAGAAUCUACUCGAAAAUACCGACUCGUGAAUGCGAUUGCUCGAUGAGACGAGUGCUCCCAGUUCGUUGUUCAAGACUCUCGAGAGCGUUGCGACUCGACAACUUUUCCUCUGCCUCCUUUCCCUCUAUGGAUCCAGCCAGUGAUAAAACGGUGCGCGGAUAAUGCGAGAUGUUUCGCGAGAGGAUGCCCAAGAGACGAGGACUCGCGGCGACGACGGCGGGCCAGCAGCGCUCAGAAUCGACGCGGGAGCCAGCGCCGACGGCGACGAGGCUCCGAGCUACCAACGACGACGAAUGGCACCGAGCCGUGAACUGCCAUGAAAACCCGGACGUCUGCGGCAAAGAGGCUGCUUGCCGGAGCUUCAGCAGGACCACGUCCAAGUGCGUCUGUCCUCAUGACCUUUCUCCACCUACGAGAGACCUCAAAUGUCCGAAUCGGCUUUUGGCAGUUCCCGUCACACCGAGACCGAUUUACAACAUUAUUUUACCCAAUGGGAAAACGAGGAACGCGAGCACGACGGGGCUCCCCGUCGCCAAGCAGACUCUGUUUCAGAUGGAAGCGGGAGUCUCGCGAGCCGAGACGCCGGAGCAAGUGGCGGGAAUAGCGCUGGCUGUUCUGAUUCUCGUUGGUGUGCUGAGCGUUUUCGGGUAUCUGCUUCGACGCAGAAAGUGCACGGGUAAAAAGGCGUCCGAGUGUUCGAGCCUGGACAUCACCCCGAAGAGUCUGAAAAGCGGUUUGCUCCUGGCGAACGGAUACACCCCGAACCUGCAAUACUUCGGUUUCGCGCCGCCGGAAAUCCCGAUCCUCGCGAGGGAGAGCGUCGUCUUCUUGUGCGACAUCGGCGAGGGCUGCUUCGGCAAAGUUUUCAAAGGCGAAAUCGUCCCCGACUACGUCGAGGAGCCCCAGCACCAGCGGGAGAAAAAAACGGUAGCGAUCAAGGUGCUCAAAGACUCGGCGACGCGGGAGGCCGAGGAGGAUUUCAUGCGCGAGGUCGAGAUCAUGUCGAGCUUCCGGCACGAAAAUAUUCUCUCGUUGUUGGGUGUGGUACCGCGAGACUCGGGGAACGGCCCGUGGAUGCUGUUCGAGUACAUGAUUUACGGGGACCUCGCGGGGCUGCUCAGAGGAUCGACGCUGGAGCCGCAUCCUCCGCUGAGCAAGAGCGCCCUGGAUUGGAUCGCGAUGCAGAUCGCCGCGGGGAUGGCGUACCUCUCGAGUCAGAGAUUCGUGCACCGGGACCUGGCUUGUCGGAACUGCCUCGUCGGCGCGGAUCUCGCGGUGAAAAUCGCCGACUUUGGAAUGUCUCGGGACGUCUACACCUGCGACUAUUACAAGGUCGGAGGCUCCCGAUUACUGCCCGUUCGAUGGAUGUCGCCCGAAAGCGUCGUCUACGGACGAUUCACUCUCGAAAGCGACGUUUGGAGCUUCGGGGUCGUUCUCUGGGAAAUUUACUCCUACGGCAAGCAACCCUACUAUGGACGCAACAACGAAGAGGUCGUGCAGUCGAUCAUCGAGGGUACGACGCUCACCCCCCCGAAGGAUUCGCCGCGAUCGAUGGCGAGGUUGAUGCGCGACUGUUGGAAAACCGAGCCUCGCGAUCGGCCGCGUUUCGUCGAGAUUCUCGAGCGGCUGCGGGAGAAAAAUGAGGAAGAAGAAACGACCCCGGACAAGCACCAGGAGAGGACGAUGCCGAGGCCACCGCAGGGCCCGGUCACCGUCAGGUCGAGGGACGCUCUCGAUACCGAGGGUUAUCUUCUCCCGGCACCCGCCGUUCACAUCGAGUAUCUUCAGGCUCUGGCUGAUUGAUUCUCCGUGCCCCGGACCCCCCCGCCGGCGAUUCGCGUGAGCGAAAGUAUUAUAAAUUUAUUCAAACGUGCCCGCGACGCUGGAGCACGCGAGCAAACGAUAAUUAGUGAUCGAUCCAUCGAUGUACAUACACGAACGUUCUAACGCCGUGGCAACAGCGAUUUAUAAAUUUUUAUAUGAUUUUCGCCUGAUUCUCUUUCGCGGCGUGCGAAAAAUGAUGAAUCACUAAUCCAAUGAAUGUAUAAUACGAUCGUAGCUGAUAAAUAUGUACAUAAAAGUCGUUUUAACGAAGCCUGAGGCGCGGGGAUUUUAUAUAGUGAUGUUCCGGUGAAAAAGCUUCCGGAUGAAAACGUCUGGGGCUGCGCGCUUCUUUCGGCAUUUUCAUUCCGAGAGCGAGACGAAAUUAUUCUCAAUAGCGUUCGUCUUGGAGAUGGAACUUUGACCUUUGAUACUGGGGGCUCAUUCAAUUGGCUCUCUGACCUGAACCGCACUGGAGAUCCGAAAGUGGACUGAAUCACUGAAUAGAGAAUAGUCCUCAGCCUCGAAUUUCGAAUCCUAUUUUUUUUUUUUUUUUACUCUUAUCAAAUGUUCGUCGUGGGCUAAAGCGAGCUUUAUUAUGCGUGAAAUUUUUGUCGCUUUUUCACGACGAAGCACGUGGUGCAGGAGGAAUUCACGGUUUGUCGAUGUUCAAUAAAAAUGUUUAUGAAGAACCUUUGGUGUUCGAUCGAUUCGAAAUAUUGUGGCGAAAUUAAAAUGUCUCGAACGUUGACACGCAACGAGGAUUAUUCAAUCAGUUUUAUCACUCUUUUUGAAUUGUCAAGCGAAACUUAUUUUUCGAACAAUAAUAAACGACUCAUCAUACUAAAA